AUGCCCAUAGUCUCCCUACAGGAUCUUCUUGGUGCUGAUGUCGACAUCUUAGUCGUUGGGGGAGGAACUUGCGGUUUGGCGACUGCAACACGACUAGCACAGAAUCGUCCGAACACCGUUGUAGCUGUUAUUGAAGCUGGUGAUUAUCAUCAAAAUGAUCCUUUGGUUGAUGUACCAGGAAUGAUGAGUCGGGCCAUUCACAAUCCCCAGUAUGAUUGGACGUAUUACACAGUCCCACAAAAACAUGCGGGUAAUCGUCAAAUUCUACAGUCUCAUGGAAAGGGUCUAGGAGGUUCCUCAAUGCUCAACUUCUUGGGAUUUGUCCGACCUUCAAAAGAGGAACUCGACGCGAUCGAGGAGCUCGGUAAUGAAGGAUGGAACUGGGAUUCGCUAUCCUCGUACAUGAAGAAGGCAGGUACCUCUUUAUCAGAGCGAUCAUUUUUUUCAUUAGCGUAUAGAGCGAGCGCGUUCAAACACCGGAUGAAUCUGUCGACGGACAGCGCGUCGCAGCAUCCCCGGACCCGAAGAACCAUGGAUACGAAGGCACUUCACUUCAUCACCUCUGAUUUUUCCCGCUCAUCAAUAACACCCGAACUAGGUCCUAUUGCAAAGUCGUAUCCUCCUCAGAUUUCCGAAAUCCAUGCGCCCCUUCUAGAUUCGUUGGAAUGCCUAGGUGUUCCCCGUAACCCAGAUAAUAGUGGUGGUCGUCCAGUAGGAGCGUUCCUGGCGCCGACGUCCGUGGAUUCAAAAACGGCCACCCGUUCUUAUGCGGCGUCAGGAUAUUAUGCCCCUAAUGAGCACCUACCCAAUCUCUUGGUCUUAACAGGGACAUUGACUACAAAGAUCAACUUCACGGCUGGUGCAGAAGGUCUGCAGAAGGCAACAAGCGUGGACAUCGAGAAGGACGGUGUUAAGUCUACAGUUAAUGUGAAGAAAGAAGUAUUAUUGUCAGCAGGGUCCUUGCAUACACCGCAACUUCUUGAGCUCUCUGGUGUUGGGAACUCAAAGAUUCUUGCUCCGCUUGGUAUUGACACCAUCAUCGAUCUGCCUGGUGUCGGUGAAAAUCUCCAGGAUCACGCGUUGGCUCCAACAGUCGUCGAAGUCGACCAAUCAUUCAAGACUUUUGAAAUUUUCGGCGAUCCGGAGCAGCUGGCCGAUCAACAGAAACUCUACGCCGAGCGUAAGGGUCUGUUGGCCGGUGUCUCGUCAUGUUUUGCGUUCAUGCCUGCCGCGGCUUUUGGAUCAGAAGCCAACCUAGCCGACUGGGAGAAAUGUGCAAGCGUCUCUGCUAUCCCAGAACUCGACGCUUUACAUCCGUCGGUUCGUCUUGGAAUGGAGAAACAGUAUGAGAUCCUUCGCGGGUGGUUAAAGGAUCCGAAUCAGGUGUUUUCUCAAAUUCUUACUGUUAAUGGACAUUACCCUGUGGCAGGCGUGACACCAGAUCCCAUGAAACGGUACACAACGCUUCUCGUGUCUUACAUGCAUCCAUUUACCCGUGGUCGAGUGCAUAUCACCACCACCAACCCCAAAGCCCACCCUGACCUCGACCCGAGGUACCUCGCUAAUCCCGCCGAUGCUGGUGUCCUCGCCAGCAUGAUCUCAUUCAUGCGACGUCUUUACAAAACCGGUCCUGUCGCCGAGUCCAUUCAGUCUGUCACCGUCCCGCCCUUCGAUGAAAACACUCCUGCAGACGAGGUUAACAGAUUUGUCGCUGAUACUCUGGCUACAGUGCAUCACCCUGUGGGCACGGCGUCAAUGCUGCCUAAGGAGCUAGGAGGCGUUGUGGACAGCCGGCUUCGUGUGUAUGGCUCGGAAAACCUAAGAGUGGUUGAUUGCUCCAUCAUUCCUCUGGAAUUGUCUUGCAACAUACAAAGCGUCGCUUACGCAAUUGGAGAGAAGGCUGCAGACAUAAUCCUAUCUGAAGCGAGUCUCUUGUGA